AACAGCGUAUUAGUCGCGCUUGAGGGAGGAAGACGCCCUAACUCUAAAUCUCGAAAAAAAUUGACGAACUAUGUGGAUUUUAUCAAGUGUCACCAUUUUUCUCCUUUGAGUAGAAGACUGAUAUGAAACAAAGCUCCCCGCUAUCAGUUCACGCCACUAAGACAACUUUCUGUAGGAAAGAGACGUUCCUGUUGUCACACGUGCUCUGAGCACGAGCUGUGACAAGCCACGCUACAGCACGAGACGCCCCCACUCCAAGAAGAGCUGGUCAGUUAGCAAGUUAGCUAGCACGCUAGCUAACUACUUGGCGAAGUGACAGAGGGGAGGAUGGAGUUCGAGGAGUCCGGCAUCGGAGAGGAGUGCGGGGUGUUCGGCUGCGUUGCGGCCGGAGAGUGGCCCACACAACUGGAGGUGGCUCAGGUCUUGACUCUGGGACUUGUGGCGCUGCAGCACAGGGGUCAAGAAAGUGCCGGAAUUGUCACAAGUGAUGGAGCCAAUGCACCAACCUACAUGACCCUCAAGGGUAUGGGUUUGGUGAGCACGGCCUUCCCACCCGAGGCUCUGUUGAAGCUACGCUAUGGCAACCUGGGCAUCUGCCACACUCGCUACUCCACUACGGGCAUGUCGGAGCUGCAGAACUGCCAGCCCUUUGUAGUGGACACGCUACACGGCAAGAUAGCUGUGGCGCACAACGGAGAGCUGGUUAAUGCACACGGCUUACGGAAGAAGGUCAUGCGUCACGGUGUGGGUCUGUCCACCAGCUCGGACAGUGAGCUCAUCACCCAGCUGCUGGCAUUGACUCCGCCUAUGGAGGAGCUGGACGCCCCCAACUGGGUGGCCAGAAUUAAGAAUUUGAUGACCGAGACGCCAACGUCCUACUCGUUGUUGAUGAUGUUCAAAGAUGUUAUUUAUGCCGUGCGGGACCCCUACGGCAAUCGACCCCUCUGUAUUGGACGUGUUGUCCCUAUCUCCAAACUGCACAAGUCAGGUGGCGGUGAAGCGGACACUGAGGGCUGGGUGGUGUCUUCAGAGUCCUGCAGCUUUCAGUCCAUCGGUGCUAAGUAUUACAGGGAGGUCCUUCCAGGAGAGAUCGUCCAGAUAUCCCGACAUGGAGUCAAGUCUUUAAGCGUGGUCCCUCGUCGUGAAGGGGACCUUCCUGCCUUCUGUAUAUUUGAAUACGUUUACUUCGCCAGACCAGACUCUAUUUUUGAAGGUCAGAUGGUGUACACCGUCAGACAGCGCUGUGGUCAACAAUUGGCCAUCGAGGCUCCCACAGAUGCAGACAUGGUUAGCACCGUGCCAGAGUCGGCCACCCCCGCUGCUCUGGGUUACGCUCAGCAGUCUGGCCUUCCCUACAUAGAGGUCCUGUGCAAGAACCGCUAUGUAGGGAGAACCUUCAUCCAGCCUAACACCCGCCUGAGGCAGCUGGGAGUGGCCAAGAAGUUUGGCGCCCUGACUGACAACUUCGCCGGCAAGCGAGUGGUGCUGAUUGACGACUCCAUCGUCAGGGGCAACACCAUCUCCCCCAUCAUUAAACUGCUGAAGGAGGCCGGCGCCACCGAGGUCCACAUCAGAGUGGCCUCUCCACCUAUUAAGUUCCCUUGUUACAUGGGCAUCAACAUUCCCACUAAAGAGGAGCUCAUCGCCAACAAGCCAGAGUUCCAGGACAUCGCUGGUUACAUUGGUGCCGACAGCGUGCAGUAUCUGACAGUGGAGGGUCUGGUGUCAGCGGUGCAGAAGGGGGUAGCCUCCCUGCAGGGUGAUAGGAUGAUCAACUCCACUAAUGACAAGUCAGGCAGCAGAGUGGGUCAUUGUACUGCCUGUCUGACUGGAAAGUACCCCGUAGAACUGGAGUGGUAACUGCUGCGUCAUACCCACUUCCUCAGUUCCAUACAUUAAAAAUAUAUAUAUUCCAUCCACAUCAGAUCAUGUUACAGAAGCUCAGAAUGUCACCUCUACUGACCUCUAAUGGUUGUAGUAAGCACAACCAAUGUAUCUGUUGUCUUUCUUUGUGUGAGUUAUGUAAAUACGGUAUUUGCCCCAGUCUUUCGUUUACCCAUUUUUAUAUUCCAACGUUAAAUGUAAAAAAAGAAAAACAUGCACAAACUAGCGACCAAAAGUAGAAACUUUUCUUUUUAUGAUCAGAUUUGAGUUUUGUACUAAAAUUAACUUUCUUUGUCAUCUCAUUUUGAACAUGAAAGACUGAUCACAAAUAAAGUUUGAUGAAGCAUU